AAUAAUUAUAACAGAAUUAUUAGAAUAAUCCAAAUACUAAUAUGAUUUGAUUUGGUAAUUUGAUCCGGUUAAUUUGAAUAAUUCUGUUAUAUCUCUUUUAGUGUGCCCUUGGCUGCCAUAUCUCUUGGCAGCAUGCUCCACUGCACUCGAGAUGAAACUUAUUGGUCCUCGGUAUUGAACAGUGAAAUAUGGCAGCUUGGUGAUGAGAACCAAAAAUUCUUAGCUGUGCUCAAGUUGAGCUACGACGCUCUCCCUUCACGGUCAAAGAAGUGCUUUGCAUUUGGCUCCCUACUUCCGAAGAGUCGUGUGAUGAACAAAGAUGAGUUGAUUCAGUUGUGGACAGCAAAUGGUUUCGUAUGUUCAGAAGGGAAUUUUGAUGCUGAAACAGUUGGCAACCGUAUCUUUGACGAUCUAGUACUGAGGUCAUUCUUUCUCUUGGCAACUUCGCAAAAGUGGUACGAUGGCAGUCAUGUAACCGCCGAGUGCACAAUGCAUGAUUUGAUGCAUGACCUGGCACGCUCAAUAUCGGAAGAUGAAUAUUGCAAUCGCCAAGAUUGUUUAUUUAAGGAUAUGCAAAAGAGACUAUUACAAGCGCGAGGGUUGGGCCUUACCCGAUCAGGAAGAGAAAGGAGAACAUACCAUUUAUGCAUAGAAUAUGAAGAAUUUUCAGACAUUUCUUUAUUGAAGAAGUCAACGUACUUGCGCACCCUAUCAUUGAGAAAUUGUCUUUUAUAUAAGAAUGUCCAUCUGCUUCAGUUUAUCUUCUCAGAAUUGAAAUUCUUGCGGGCAUUAGAUUUAAGUGAAAAUGGCAUCAAAGGGGUGCCGACAUCAGUUGGAAAUUUGAUACAUUUGAGAUACCUCACUUUGUCUAAGAAUAAGAUUAAAUUUCUACCUGACACCAUUACUCUUCUCCAGAAUUUGCUAUUUCUCAAUCUCACUGAGAAUCCCCUUCAAGAGUUACCAAAAAGAUUAAGGUAUAUGCAAAGCCUUUGGUAUCUUUAUUGCGAUUGUGAUUCUUUGACUCACAUGCCCCCCGGGUUGUCUGGACUGACUAGUCUUCGAAGUUUAUCAAGCUUUGUUGUCGAGAAUAGAACUGGCUCAUGUUCAAUUACACAACUUGAGGAUUUGAAGCUUCAUGGAGCAAUGGAAAUCAAAUUUUCCAAGAAUUUCAGCAGUUAUUCUUGUGGUGGUAGAAAAAUUUUCAUGAAUAAAGAUUUUAAUGAAUUAUCUUUAUCAUUUAAUUGUUCAACCACUAAUGACAUGAGCAUGCUGGAUGAUCUUUGCCCCAACACGAGUUUAAAGAAGUUGAAGAUAUGCAAUUACGGGAGCCGACAAUUUCCAACAUGGUUGAUGGAGUCGCAGUUACCGAAUUUGGUUGAAGUUAUUCUCCAUGGUUGCAAUUUUUGUGAGCAUAUUCCUCAAUUUGGAGAUCUCCAAUUUCUUAGAAAGCUUGUGAUAGACAGAAUGGGUGGCGUGAAACACAUGGGUGAUGAGUUCCAUGGGCACGGACCGACCACAGGUUUUCCUAACCUCCAAGAACUCGUGUUGAAAUCAAUGACUAAUUUAGAUGAAUGGUCAGAGUCUGAUGAUGUCAAUGAAUUAUUCCCUUUAUUGAAGAGACUGGAGAUUUGCAAUUGUCCAAGACUGAAAAACAUGCCAAGGCUUCCAACAAUUGAAUUUCUUAAGCUACAAAACUGCAGUGAGAGUCUACUCUCAUGUGUUGGAAGAACGACUUCUCUUUCUCAUCUCAUACUAGAGGACAUGGAGGGCAUGACAUCUCUUCCAAGUGGCUGUUUAAGAAACCUCACAUCCUUGAUGACAUUGGAAAUCCGAAGCUGCAACGAACUCCAAUUUCUUCCUAGGGAAGAAAUGCAGCUCCUAACAAUGGUUCGCUCAUUGUCCAUCAAGGAAUGUAACAAUUUGGCAUCCUUCCCGUUAGAAGUGGGACGUCUCAACAUUCUUCGAUAUUUCUGUUUCAAAAACCAUGGCAGCAACACACUGCAGUUAGAAAUACUUGUAAAAAUCCUGAAUUCAGUCCAUGAGUUCGACAUUCAGAUUUGUGGCCAGAAUGUGAAUUUACUUGGGCAACUGCAACACUUACACAACCUCCGACAAUUGUGGAUAAGUGGUUCACAUCAUUUUUCUUAUGCAUUGAUAUCCGGAUCCAUUGAGGCAAAAUUAAGUAUUUGCUGUUGUAAUGAAUUGGAAUCCUUGAUGACAGAAGCACCAUCGACCAGUACUGUGCUAGAAGAUCUACACAUAUGCAAUAUCCCCAACCUCACGACCUUACCUGAAUGGCUACAACAUCUCGGAUCACUUCGUAAGCUAUCGAUCCACAACUGCAUCCAAUUAGGAUCGCUUCCAAGGGGUCUACAAGACCUCAGUUUGCUGAAAUAUUUGUUCAUUGAAGAGUGUUGCCUACAACUUCAAAGAAGAUGCACUAGGGCGACAGGCGAAGAUUGGCCCAACAUUUUUCAUGUGCCACAUAUUCGUAUUUUUCCAAGAGUUAGAGUGAUUGAGGAAGCUCAAUGUUGUGGUCUAUUUGAUAGGUUCUUCCCCACAAGAUCGAGAGACACAUAAUUGCAAACUGACAGCCAGGAAAGGAAGCAGAGCAAUUCGUUCUACGCACUACUGACCCGUUGUCACUUGCCAGGGG